GUAUUGGGAAGUCAUGCCUUCUGCCACGGCCCUUGUAGAGGCCGGAAUUAAACUCGUGAAGGGUACAUCUGAAAGCAUCUUGGAUAUAGAAUUCAACGAUGGCAUUCUCAAAAUUCCUCCAUUAUUUAGCCAAGAGACCACAGAAACUGUUUUUCGAAAUCUUAUCAGCUUUGAACAAUGCUACCCGAAUUGUGAGUCCAGGUUGAGUUCCUACGCCGUACUCAUAGGCAACCUUAUUAACACUAGAAAAGACAUGGAUUUACUUUGUGAGAAUGAGAUUAUUGAUAGCUGGUUAAAUCGAAAGGAUGCAGUUCAGUUCUUCAAUAAGCUUUACCAUAAUUCUUAUCUGAAAACAUUCUAUUAUGGAAGACUUUGCAAGAAAGUGAAUGGAUAUUGCCAACGUAGAUGGCCUAGAUGGCGUGCUGUGCUUGUGCGUAAUUAUUUCAGCACUCCAUGGGCUAUGCUUUCGACAUUGGCAGCUAUUAUCCUAUUGAUUCUAUCUUUCUUACAAACUUUGUAUACCAUAAAACGCUAGCUAGCAUUUUUAUUAUCUUAUCAGAAAUUGUUGCUUAAUUGGUCACUCCAAGGUCCUCUUCCAUGUCAUUUGAGGACAAAGGACUAUUGUUGUUCACUUUAGAGUUGUAUUUUAGUAU